AUGAGUAACGGUGAAGUUGGUAAAAUCCAUGUCUUAAAACAACAAGUUCACACCCUUCGGCACGAUCUUGCCGAAAAAAAUGCAUUACUCACCACAGUGCAGAAACAACUUAACCGACAUCAACCAAAUCAACCAAAUGGUAUUGUGCAAAGUGAGUCUACCACUGGAAGAGUAAUUGAGAAUUUACAGGCAGAAAUAGAUCAUCUAAAAAAGGAUCUCGCCGAUUCAAAAACUCAAAUUCACGUUGCCAAAGUUUCUCAUAUGAAAUUUGAACGGGAUAAUGCAAGUUUAAAACUCCGUCAAUCGGAAUUAAAAGUAUCUGAUUUAGAACGAAAAUUACAGGAAGCUUUGGCCGGUAAAGAAAAGGCAGAAUAUGAGUAUACUCUUUUAUCUAAAGAAAUGCAAGCUUUUAAGACUCGGUAUACUAAAGACGUUGAGAUUGUCAAAAAAGAAUUUAAAUCUCUUCGUGAAGAAAUGAAUUCAACUUCACGACAAUUAGAAGAUGUUGUCUUGAUGACAAGUGUUCGAAUUGAAGAAUUAAAUUCAGAACGUAAGGAUGAGUUAGGAAAUUUGGAAUCGAUUCAUGCCCAAUUACAAGAAAACCAAGACAAAUAUGCCGCAAAAUUGUUUAGUGAAAUUGAGGCAAUGAAAAAGGACGUAGAAAUUUCAAGUCAAAAGACUAAGGAGUACAGCGAACAGGUGGCAAAGAUUAAAGGUGAAAUAGCGGAAAUCCUGAUUAAUGAUUUAUAG